GCUGAGCCUGUUGAAAGUGACCAAAAGAAAAAGCGUCCAAGAGAUCCUAAUGCGCCUAAGCAACCACCUUCCAAUUUUUUCCUUUUUACAAACUCUAUUCGGGAACAAGUUGAUAAGGAAAACCCUGAUGCUACGUUUGUUGAAAAGUCAAAGAUUUAUGGUGCUAGAUGGCAACAACUAACUGAAGAAGAAAAGAAGCCUUUUACUGAAAAAGCAAAGAGAGAAAGAGAGAAAUACCUUAAAGAAGUGGCCGCUUAUGAA